AUGUUUGAUGCUUACCUGGAUGCGCUAAACAGUGUUGGGCAAAAACGCCAGCGCAACCCUGCUACGUCUGGGGCCAAAACCAACCCUAUACCUACGAACUUGCCGCCAGAGGGCUCACCGCCGCAGGCGACGGAGGCAGAUCAUGAGGCGGACGAUGGCGACUCAAAAAGCUCUACUUCUUCGGAGGCCAGCGACGUCUCCGACUUCUUCGACACGCUCACGGAGCUGUACCUGUUUUUCCGUGACGCGGACUUAUCACGCCGUGAAGUCAACAGACUGCUUAACAUAUUUCGGAACCCUCAGUUCAGUUUGAAGGAAUUACGCAAGUGGCGCAGCUACGCCGACGUGAAGCGAUGGGGGAAAGAGCGUGCGCCGCCAGAUAUGGUUCCAUGGAAAACAGAGCAUAUCGUCGUGCACGGGCCCAGAGGAAUGUCCCAAAAGCUUCUCUUGCACUUCCGCGACACAGAGCUGCCACAGGAGAAGUACAACGAGAAGGGGAAGCGCGUUUUCGAGGGGCCAGAAACAGGCACGUGGAUGCACGAGGCGCAGAAAGAGAUCAAGGACGACAAGGCUCUGAUUCUCGGGGUCAUCGUGUACAGCGACAGCACUCAGGCGUCGCGCAACGGGCGGCGGAAUGCGUGGCCUGUUCUGAUAUCGCUUAUUAACAUUCCGGAGGAAUUGAGGUGGUUUGAGCCGGGCCACACUCUUGCGGCAGUGUUGCCAUUCUGUCCGGAAUGGGCUAGUCCGACAGAGAAGGCCCGUGUUUUCCAGGAGGCGCUGAAGAUCAUCCUAGGACCCCUGAUGCGGGAAACCGCAAGGCGGAAGAAGGACCUCAAGAGCGAUACUCCAAGUGUGCUGCUGCGGAUUCCUGGGGGAUCAUCAUUCUUCCUUUCUGGUGCCCACUAUGCGGCGUUCGAACAUCGUGCCAUGAUGCAAAUCAUGCCGAUCCUCAUUGCGGAUUCUAGUGCAUUGAAGAAGGGCGAGGCGGGAGAGUUGAGGGCGCUGCAGGUUAGAGCAUUCCGUUAUUACGCCCUGUUCUACAAGGCGUUUUUGGGAGUGGCGGCGCACACCCGUGCCACGCUGAAAGAGGCCAAGCAACGUGCUGUUGCAACCUCUGAGCUACACAACUGUUUGCUAUGCAGGUUGAUGGAGCUGCUGCCCAAAGCUUUCCCGGACCAGGCAUCAAAGUGGGAAAUUCUCAAGGUCCACAUGAUCAAGCAUCUUCUCGAGAACGUGGAAGCAAGGGGGAUGCCACACCACUACAGCACGGAGAUGUGGGAGCGCACUCACAAGGGGACAGUGAAGGGUCCCGUGAGGGGGAGCAACUGGGCUGACAUUCCGAGGAGAAUUGUGGAUGAGGAGAUGCAGCUGGAGAUUUACAGAGAAGUGGCUCUCGAUGCGGGAGGAGGUCGGCAGUACGUGUCAGCGCUGCGUGUGGCCGUGGAAGAGAUGGAGCCAGUGCUAACGAAGAAGUUCAGGGUCAUGCGCCUCGGAGGCACCGCGGACAAGGUGUUUGCCGAGUACGCAGCGGUAUUUGGGGAUCAGAUGGCGGGCCUACCAGGUCAGCUGCGGGAGAUGCAGUUGAACCCUGGCAGUGUGCAGACACACACAGCAGUGGCCAUACCACGUACGCAGGGUGGGGUGCUUGUGGCGAAGGGGACGUUCGUCAAGGCGUCCCCGCGAGAGAACCUGUUCUCAGAUGUGGCACUCCUGGCUCCUGAAGGCGGGGAUUGGUUUGCUAGAUGCCUAUGUAUUUUCAAGGCGUUGAACGCGGAGGGCAAGUGGACUGGGUGUGCCUACGUGAGUAUGAGCUCGGUGAAGCCCCCGUUGAAGGACAUCGUACAGAAGCUGAAAGUGCUCCCCGACGAUGUGUUUCUGUUUGUGGAGAUACCGUUUAUGCCCAGCCGGUUGCCGAAGACCAAGAUACCUUGGAGGAACGGAACCCCGUGCGACCGGAUCAUAAGUGUCGGCUUCUUGUACAAUGCGACGGGGACCUGCACCACGGUGCCCCUUGUGGUGUUGCGCCAUGACGAGCGCCCCGAACCUAGGCGCAGCGGGGAUCCUGCACCGGCGGUGAUUGUGCGCUACACGAAGAGUGGGCGCCUCACACCCGAGGUGUUUACCGAGUUUUUUCAGACGGUUGAUGGGGUGCAGCUUAGCCGUGGAAGGAAGACGGUUGUGUUCACCUACAACACGGCGCACCGCAUUACCGCGAAUGACGCGGAGACCACGGUGGAGCAUGGGCUGACUAUGGUGCAUUUCACGCACACACGCUUUGUGGACCUGACAGACGUUGUGCACUGGUCCAGUAUGCCGUUUUUGCACGGCGUGGUGGACGCUUUCAAGGCUGAGUAUCGUGUGAUACUGAUGAGACGCGCGGUGCGGUCCAAUCUGUUCCACGAGGAUUUCGAAGCGCCGUUUUCCCUGGUGAAUUACGGUGUUAUGCUGCUGUGGGUGGGCUUGGCAUGGAAGGCGCUGACGGCGGCAACGAUGCAAAGGAGCUGGUGGAGGGCGGGAUGCGUCCCGGAGUCAUGGUGGGAGCUGAUGUGGCACCUGCACGGCAUGUACUCGGCCGGCAUGUACGAUCCCCUGGUCUCUACCACGGCGGACCUCCUGGUGCUGCUACGUGAGUUCCGUGUGCGGCCGGCUAUUUAUAUGCCGGUGUCCGAUUACGUGACAUGCGAUGAGUGGUUAAUGGAGAAGGCUGGUGUGAAGUUGGUGACGCCCACGACGCCGACGUCUUCAGGGGACGAGGGCGAGAUGUGCCUGCCGGAUGGGCCUCUGAUGCGUGACGAACGAAGCCGACGACGUGCCAUCCGCAAUGUGACGAACGCGUACGUGUGUCACGCGGAGGCGCUGGGGAUUGCUCCUGCGGAGGUGGCGACUGUCGUUGGCGCCUCUGAUGGAGAGGUGGUUAGCCGCCUAAGUCGCACACCGAAGAAGCGAGCGCGCAGUUCGGGGUCGUCGGACAGUGGGUCCGUGUAG